AUGGGCGAUAUCCGCGAGAAGGGGAUGUCGAAGGAUGAAUUUGCGAUGUUCAUGAAGCCAAAGUGGAAAAAGACGAACCGUGACGACACCGGCAGCGGCGGGCAUUGGCACCUCGGACGGGAGCAGAACAGCACCAACCCGUUCUUCUCGACAUCGUGGCGCGACCUGUUUCAUGUCGUCCUACCCGUCUCAGUGCCCUUGGCCUUCCUGUUUUUUUUCCUGUUUCGGAAGUUCCGCAGGAGAGCAGGACCGAAGAAUUUGUACAAAAGCUCGCCGCUGAAGACUAGGGAUGUAGUCGACGCGGAUGGAGUGGCGACGACUUCGGUCGUUGUGUUGUCAACCCAACUGUAUCGGGAUGGCAGGGCUUGGACCGAUGAAAAUUUCUUUGAAACAACAUCCACAUGUAGUGUCGACUCAACAACAUCAACAUCUGUACGUGGCAGUGCUGACAAAAGCAAUUCUUGUGUGGUGGAGUUAGAACAAAUCUCUAUCUCUGCUGUGUAAAACUCUUCUGGGGGUCCAGCAAUUUGUACUGGUUCAUCAAAUGGCACAACCCGUUGUAAGAAAAUGGCAUCGAACCGUUUCCGUCGAGAUAAGGUUG